AUGCUUUCUGUCAACGCAUUUCAUGACCCUUUCACCACCUGCCUUCCGACGGAAAUCGCGUCACUGAUUUUCACGUUCUGCGUGGAUACCGAACAAGAAAUCGAAAAGCGCAUCCCGCUGGCUCUUUCCGCCGUUUCAAGAAGGUGGCGAGAGAUCGCCCAAUCGACGUCUGCACUGUGGACCUCGAUUCACCUUGAAUUCAACUCAUCUACGAUUCAGUCCUCGCGUGAGGAGAUGCUCCGUCAUUGGCUUCUACAUUCCUCCCAGCGACAUCUAUCGAUCCAUCUCAGCAUCGACUGUGAUACGGAGCAUGCCUUCGAGACACGAGGCUAUCGCACUAUUAUCAAUAUCCUCAAUUCACACUCAUAUCGUUGGGGCAAGCUCUCCCUUCAGAUUCCCCUCCAUCUACUCAAUCUCUUUCGCAGCGAGAUUUGCGGGGCCCCGGCUCUGUACUGGCUUUCUAUAGGGAUUACCUCCAAGGAAGACGACGAAGAUGACGAAGACGACGACAGUGACGAUGCAGAUGAAGACGAUCAGACUGCGAAGUUUGAUCUCGGAGGUCCUCUUCCUGCACCACGAACAGUCUCUAUUUCUUCCUGCAGGUUGGGCAGGAUUCGGAUUGACUGGACGAACGUCACUGAUGUGGACAUGUUCGUCCCUUUCAUUAGUGAAUGUCUCACACUAUUUGCAACAGCGCCUCGACUCCGUGAAUGCGAACUCAUAAACGUCAGAGACGACGACUACAGCGCGGAUCCCAGUACACCCACAUUCACCACCAUCUUCUCAAAUUGCAGGCAGCCACUGGACCCUCUCCAAUCAUUCCUUAUUCGAUCAUCCGCUCCUCUCAAGUUUCUACACAUCGACGAAGGUGACUUCUUCCACUACGAAGACAGUCUCACCAACCUCCUAUGGACGGUACCGAGCCUGGAAGAACUCGAAAUAUUCGGUACCUGCCUUUUCGACGAAUUCUGGGAACUCUUGACAAUCAAUUCAGAGGGGAAUGCCAGAGAAGAGCAAUUUUUGCCGAUGUUGACCAGUCUUACCCUAGACGCCAUAAGCGACAUCGAGAUCGAAUACGAGUUGCAGGAAGUGUGCGAAGCUGAUCGUGGGCUCGGCGUCCCCAAGCGGUUGGACUGGUGUGUAAACAUAGAGAGUGGCCAUGACGAGUAUUAUCUCGACGAAGCGACUCUUCAGUUUUUCGAACGGCUCAUUUCGGAUGGUCUUGACUUCAAGCUCCUUAACUUACAGCCACAGAGUGGAGAUAUGAUAACAUAUUCCAGAGCCUACUACGACGAGAUGAGUGAUCAAUAUCAAUCGCGGAGCGACUCCUAG